CUCUCUCCCUCUCUCUUCUCUCUCCUCUAUGCUCUGUCACCACUCACCCGCCCUAUAACUCUUUCUCAAAAUUUUCGAUAAAAAUUAAAAAGCUUUCCAAAACUCUAAUUUUUACUUAUUUUUCCAUUUUAUUAAACUUCAAUUUGUUUAUUUAACUUUUUUUCAUCUUCUCUCUCUUUCUAUCUGUGCUCUGAAGCAGUUAGGGACGAAAAAAAAAAGUUCAUCGAACAGAUCCCUAUUUCUCUUUCAAACUCUUUCGAGAAAUUUGAUCCUUUUUUCCUCAUUCGCUGACACUUCGGUCACUCAAUUUUCCAUUCCUGUUCUUUAGAUUUUACUUUCUUAGUUCUCUGUUUGUUACUUGGGGAAUAGAAAAAAAAAAAAAAUAGAAAGAAAAGAUAAGAAAAGUUUGAACCAAACUCGUUAUCCUCUGAAUUGCUCUGUUUCUGAGAAUAUCUGGAAAUUAGGGUUUAUGGGUGUUCCGAGAAUUGGGGUUUUGAUGUGAAAUCGAAAGGAUUUUGGGGGUACUAUUAUGCGAGCGUUGAGAUUUAUAGAAGCAUUUUGGAAUCGAGGAUUCGUUGGGGUUUUCUGAAUUUCUGCGAUAAUGAUAAUUAAGCGGAAUUUGAAAUCCCAAAUGCCGAGUCUGAAACGGUGCAAACUUGGAGACUCAGCGGGUGAGGACGACGACAACACUUCCAGGAAGAAGAGGAAGACUAAUGGGUAUUACCCUUUGAAUCUGCUCGGCGAGGUCGCCGCCGGUAUAAUCCCCGCGAGCCUUCAUGGGUUUAUCGGCUCUGUUGCGGCCGAGAAGGGCUUCUCUGCUUCGUGGUGUACACAAGACUCGUGUUUCCCUGAAGUGGAGUCUAAAUCAAAGGGUCGAGAUUCGACGAGAAGGAAGAUUAAUGGGAAGGUGGAGGUUUCACGGCCACCUCUUGUGAGAACUUCGAGGGGUCGAGUUCAGGUACUUCCUUCUCGUUUUAACGAUUCAGUCAUUGAGAAUUGGAGGAAAGAAAGUAAGACUAGUUUGCGUGAUUAUGUUUUUGAUGACGAAGUUGAAUGUAAGAAGGAUAAAUUUAGCUUUAGAACGCCAAAAACUUGUAGUGUAAAUACCAAAAAGAUGCGAAAUGAGGAGAGAGUUGGAUAUAGAUAUAGGAAAUAUUCCACAUUGUGCGAUGACGAGGAUGGUGAGGAGGAUGGUUACGUGGGCUCUAAGAAUUUUGAUGUUAGAAAAUAUUCGAGUUCGAGGAGUUCACUUACAUCGGUGCAUGAGCAACUGGUUGAAGAUGAGAAAUGCCCAGCUGACGCAAAUGAGGAACUAGUUGAUUUGGUUGGAGGUGAGAGGAUUUUGGAAGACAGUGGCGAAAGGAAAGACGGGUCGUAUGGACCUGAAGACUUUUAUUCUAGUGAUAUAGUGUGGGCAAAGCCAGGGAAAAAAGAGCCUUUUUGGCCUGCCAUUGUCAUCGACCCGAUGUCACAAGCACCUGAGCUAGUUUUGAGGGCUUGCAUAGCUGAUGCGGCUUGUGUGAUGUUCUUUGGGUACUCUGGUAAUGAAAAUCAAAGGGAUUAUGCGUGGGUUAAGCGGGGGAUGAUUUUUCCAUUUAUGGAUUUUGUAGACAGGUUCCAGGGGCAGUCUGAAUUGAAUGACUGCAAGCCAUGUGAUUUCCAGAUGGCAAUAGAGGAGGCGUUUUUGGCUGAACAAGGUUACACGGAGAAAUUGAUUGCUGAUAUAAAUAUGGCUGCUGGGAAUCCAGCGUAUGAUGAAUCUAUUCUAAGAGGGGUUCAAGAGGCUACUGGUUCAAACCAGGAUCCAGACUGUCACUUUCUGAACCAGUAUAUGGCUGGAAAGAAAACGGAGCCACGAGCCUGUGAUGGCUGCGGCUCUAGUCUUCCGUUCAAAAUGUCAAAAAAGAUGAAGGCUUCAACUCCAUCAGGCCCUUUUUUCUGUAAAACAUGUGCUAGGUUAACAAAAUCGAAGCAUUAUUGUGGCAUAUGCAAGAAGAUUUGGAAUCAUUCGGACAGUGGAAGUUGGGUUCGCUGUGAUGGUUGUAAAGUAUGGGUGCAUGCCGAAUGUGACAAAAUUUCAAGUAACCUUUUUAAGAAUUUGGGUGGCACUGAUUAUUACUGCCCUGCUUGCAAAGCAAAGUUUAAUUUUGAAUUGUCAGAUUCAGAAAGGGGACAACCAAGAGUAAAAUGGAGCAAAAAUAAUGGUCAGUUGGUGCUGCCUAGCAAGGUUACAGUUCUCUGCAAUGGUGUGGAAGGCACAUAUUUUCCAAGUCUUCACUCAGUUGUUUGCGACUGUGGCUCCUGUGGCUCACGAAAGCAAGCACUUAGUGAAUGGGAGCGACAUACAGGUUCCAAAUCAAGAAAUUGGAAGACAAGUGUUAGGGUGAAGGGUUCCAUGCUGCCACUGGAACAAUGGAUGUUGCAGUUGGCUGAGUAUCAUGCUAGUGCUCUUGUGUCUGUUAAACCUCCUAAACGACCUUCUAUAAAAGAACGAAAGCAGAAAUUGCUUACUUUUUUGCAAGAGAAGUAUGAACCUGUUUAUGCUAAGUGGACAACAGAGCGAUGUGCAGUGUGUAGAUGGGUUGAAGAUUGGGACUAUAACAAGAUCAUCAUUUGCAACAGAUGUCAAAUAGCUGUUCAUCAGGAAUGCUAUGGUGCAAGACAUGUUCGAGAUUUUACCUCAUGGGUUUGCAAAGCAUGUGAAACUCCUGAAAUCAAGAGAGAAUGUUGCCUGUGUCCUGUAAAAGGAGGUGCUCUAAAACCGACUGAUGUUGAGACAUUGUGGGUUCAUGUUACUUGUGCCUGGUUCAGACCAGAAGUCUCUUUUGCUAGUGAUGAAAAGAUGGAGCCUGCUCUUGGAAUCUUGAGUAUUCCUUCUAAUUCUUUUGUGAAGAUUUGUGUUAUUUGUAAGCAAAUUCAUGGUUCAUGCACACAAUGUUGCAAGUGCUCCACUUAUUACCAUGCAAUGUGUGCGUCAAGGGCAGGAUAUCGCAUGGAGUUGCACAGCUUGGAAAAGAAUGGGAGGCAAAUUACAAAAAUGGUUUCAUAUUGUGCUUAUCACAGGGCUCCAAAUCCAGAUACUGUCUUAAUCAUCCAGACUCCCCUAGGUGUUUUUUCAGCCAAAAGCCUUAUUCAAAAUAAGAAAAAGGCUGGUUCAAGAUUAAUUUCAUCCAAUAGAACAAACUCCGAAGAGGUUCCAACCGUUGAUUCUACCGAGCUUGAGCCACUAUCUGCUGCAAGGUGCCGAUUAUAUAAAAGACCAAAAGAUAACAAGAAGAGAGUAGAAGGAGAAGCAGUUGCCCACCAUGUGAUGGGACAUUCCCAUCAUCCCUUGGGAGCAAUACGAAAUUUGAACUCCUUCAGAGUAAUCGAGGAACCUAAAUCAUUUUCUUCUUUCAGAGAACGACUUUACCACUUGCAGAGAACCGAAAACGAACGUGUUUGUUUUGGUAGAUCUGGAAUACACGGGUGGGGUCUCUUUGCACGUAGAAAUAUUCAAGAGGGAGAAAUGGUUCUUGAAUAUCGUGGGGAGCAGGUGAGGCGUAGCAUUGCUGAUCUGAGAGAAGCACGCUACAGACAGGAAGGCAAAGACUGCUAUCUGUUUAAGAUCAGUGAAGAAGUGGUGGUGGAUGCUACUGAUAAAGGAAAUAUAGCACGCUUAAUAAACCAUUCGUGUAUGCCCAACUGCUAUGCGAGGAUAAUGAGUGUUGGCGACGAAGAGAGCCGGAUAGUACUUAUCGCUAAGACUAACGUAUCUUCUGGUGACGAGCUAACGUAUGAUUACUUGUUUGACCCCGACGAGCCUGAUGAAUUCAAAGUCCCUUGUUUAUGUAAAGCUCCUAACUGUCGGAAAUUCAUGAAUUAGGAUACACAGUUGCACAGCCAUUGUUUCUCCGCAAGGAACACUAACCCAUCCCCCUUCUUCCGUGGGAUCUUACAGUUGCAUACUGAAUUUGUAAUUUUGUCCAGUAAAAAAGAAAAAAUGAUUAGUAUAAUCUUCUCUUUUUUUUUUCUUCCCCCUCUUUUUUCUUCCAUCAUUUUCUUUGGACAAAUCUCACAAGCUUAAUAAAAGCUUUAUAUUUGCUGGCU